AGAUCAUCAACAAUUAUUAUGACACAAAUCACUGGCUAUUCUACCCACGAUAUACGCUUUCCAACGUCUUUAUCUGGUGAUGGUACAGACGCAAUGAACACAGAUUGCGACUAUUCUGCAGCUUACAUUAUUAUACAUACCACUAGUGAAUCCCUCAAAGGCUAUGGUAUGACAUUCACGAUAGGAAAGGGCAAUGACAUCGUUGUUCAGGCUAUCAAACAACUCGCUGACAAGCUUGUAAAUAAGCCUAUAGAAAGUCUAUUCAAUGAUAUGGGUGCAAUGUGGGCACUUUUAGUUUCCGAUAGUCAAUUAAGAUGGCUUGGUCCUGAAAAGGGUGUUAUUGGUAUUGCUACUGGGGCUGUAUCGAACGCAGUUUGGGAUUUAUACGCUAGAUCACGCAAAAAACCUCUUUGGAAGCUUAUUGUUGAUAUGUCUCCUGAAGAAAUUGUCAGAUCCAGUUCACUGAGAUACAUUAGUGACGCUCUUACACCUGAAGAGGCGGUAGAAAUACUAAGAGAAAGACAAUCGACGAAACAAGAUAGGGAAGAAAAUGCUGUUAAACAUGGUUUAAAAGCCUAUUCAACUAGCGUUGGCUGGAUGGGCUACACGACCGAAAAAGUUCAGCGUCUGACAAAGGAAGCUCUCCAGCAAGGCUUUGACCAUUUCAAGCUCAAAGUUGGCGUUUCAGUAGACGAUGAUCUCGCUAGAGCUAAGACUAUAAGAGAUAUAAUUGAUGAUCCACAAUAUCAACGUUCAGAUAAACAAGUAAAUCUGAAAGCAUUAGAGAAUAAAAAUGCAGGACCUACAGGCAACGUUCUUAUGAUUGAUGCAAACCAAGUUUGGGAUGUCAAAGAGGCAGUUUCAUAUGUUAAAAAGCUUCAACCUUGCAAACCUUGGUUUAUUGAAGAACCCACAAUGCCAGACGAUGUACUUGGACACGCUCGUAUUCGCAACGAAUUAAAGGAUACUGGUAUAGGUGUUGCAACUGGUGAACACUGUGCAAAUAGAGUACUUUUCAAGCAACUUCUACAGGCUGAGGCUAUCGAUGUCUUACAAAUUGAUGCUUGUCGUCUUGCAGGUCUUAAUGAGUGCUUGGCAGUUAUGCUUUUAGCUGCUAAAUUUAACGUACCUGUUUGUCCACAUGCUGGAGGUGUCGGUUUAUGUGAAUAUGUCGUACAUUUAUCUCUCAUUGAUUAUAUUUACAUGGCGCCAUCUUUCGACAGGAAUGUGGUAGAAUGGGUCGAUCAUCUUCAUGAACACUUUAGAUAUCCAGUCAGCGUGAACUCAAAUGGCAGAUAUAAUGCACCAACAGGUCCAAAUGUUGGCUACAGUAUUGAAAUGUAUCAAGAUAGUAUUGAAAGAUACAGUUAUCCAAAUGGAUCCUACUGGAAAGAUGAGCAUCCAAGACUUGUAAACAAAGCGCAAGAAGGAAGAAGAGUGAUUGGUUAGGUCUGUCAACGUCUUCUCUAACAUUUUGAUUUUGUAAAUUUACUGAUGACAUAGAGUUAU